AUGCCGGGACCUCCGGAGGUGGACGCCAAGCCGAUGGACCUGGCGCCGGCCAGGCUGGCGGAGCUGUUCAACAUAGCCGAGAGGCUGUCGGAGAAGGAGCAAGUGCGGGCUUAUGACGACGAGUUCUUAUCGCUGUCGACGCAGGUCUAUGCCUGCUGGCCGACGCGAUACUGCGCCGUCGCCAUCGAGGCCCUGGGGAUCUGGUCACAAGCCAUCGACCGAGUCGGCCUUGUCCAGGCGGGAAGCGAAACCGCCUUCAACGGCUCGGCCUCCAAGCCGGAGACCACAGGCCUGCGCCGCCUGCAAAAUAAAGCCCAAUAG